GCGCGUGUUGAAAAAGAAGAGAGCUGCCAAAGUUUGGGUCACAUCGGCUCGUGCAGAAGAGCAGUCAAGAGAGACUUGGACGACAGUCGGCCGCCGCACGGUCCCCCCACGCGAAGGACACGAGAGCCAAGCGUCAACGCAUCCAUCACGGGAGCUGUCACAGACAUGGCAACCAUCACCACCACGCAGACCGCCUUCUCCUUCGCGCUCACUGAGAGACGAUCCGGUUUGAGCGUGCACGCCGGGGCUCAGGAUUGCUCGCUCCCGACCGCGCACGAGCAGACCCGUAGCAAGGUGCUGAAAAGACAGCGCUCCAACUCGCCAGAGCUUCUGCGCUGCAAACGGCGCCUGAGCUUCAACGGCCUGGGCUACUCCAUCCCGCAGCAGCAGCCCGUGGCCGUGGCUCGGCGAAACGAACGGGAGCGGAACCGGGUUAAGCAGGUCAACAUGGGCUUCCAAACGCUGCGCCAGCACGUGCCCAACGGGGCUGCCAACAAGAAGAUGAGCAAGGUGGAGACCCUGCGCUCCGCGGUGGAGUACAUCCGAGCUUUACAGCAGCUUUUAGACGAGCACGACGCGGUGUCGGCGGCGUUCCAGUGCGGGCUGCCCUCGCCGACGCUUUCCAACACGUACUCGGCCGACCCGGAGUCGCCCCACUCCACGUACUCGUCCGACGAGCCUCUGAGCUCCGAAGAGCAAGAGUUGUUGGACUUCACCACCUGGUUCGACCGCUACUGACGCAGCACCACACGGCGGCGCCCGUGCGUAAAAGCGAGCCGGUGCCCGAACCAGGGUUCCAAGAGUGUUGUGACGUUCCGCCCUCACCUGACUCUGCGAACAAAGCAGCCAAGCAAUAAUAACAGAAGUUGAAGGAGUAAAGGAGUUGGACUGUGUCAUGUUGACGCGCUGAAUGAAGUAAACACUGUUGAAGAAGUGCAAUUAUUAGGAGACGCUCACACGCGCGCGCAGGCAGCCACAACUGUCCUCAAACAACUGAAGACGGACAGACUUUCUUGUCAGUCAUUGUAACACGAAGACCUAUUUUUGUACACUGAAAAUUGUCACUGACUGAUGGACUAAGUUUUAUCAGCAAUAUCAAGACUACUACCUGGGACAAAUUGUAGUUCAUUUCCCCUUUUUAUAUAAAUAUAUGUAAUAGGAGGUGAUAAGGAGAUCUCUUUUGAUGUAUGCACUUGUUCUCCACUUCCUGCAGCCUCCAAUUGUACAUACUUGAUUUUAACAGAUAUAUUUGUGUAAGACGAGUUUUAUAAAUAAAAUAAUCUAUUUAUAUGACA